AUGCGGAACGUGCUCUGGCUGGGGUCCCCCUUACUGCUGCUGACCAUGCAGAACGGGCAUGUCCGACGUCUGUCGUUGUUGUACGCAUAUGUAUACUAUGCCCGCACUUACCAGGAGUACCUAGUUCUCGACUCUACCAAUGCAAGGGGGGCUGUCAACUUCGUAUUAGUGUUCGGAGCAGGAACAGAGCAGGAUCUCGCAGACAAUGUGACAGAUGCUACCCAUGCCGCCACCACUAAUACUGAGUUCCCCGUAGCCGGUACUUUCAUCACAAUGCUGGACACAGGCAUGCACCACCAUUGAGUGCUUGAAAGCCGAAAUGAAGUCGUCUCGAUAGCCUCAGUCGGCGCGUCUGCUUGGC